UUUUGUGCUGCUCUGGCAACAGCCAAGAGCAGCAGCUACUUUGUCUAAAAACUAGUUGUAUAAUAAAGUCAGUGUUGGCUGAUGUACAGCUGAGAUCUCAGCCCUCUCAUCUGGUCCUUUCACAAAGAUCAACAUAUUCCAUUUGGCAGCAUUUCUUAACAGUAGCAACAACAAAAUCAGAAUUGAAAUUUAAAAGAACCUUCUGUGGAGGUUUUAAUUAUUCCUCUCAUUAGUUGAAAAGUAUGGGGAAAAUGAGUGAGGGAAAGCACUGAGCUGUAAUGCUAAGAGUUGUCAUAGGAUGCAGGAUUGGGGGCAUUUCCUAAAAACUGAUGAGGUAAGAUCACUAAAUCCAGUGUUUUCUGAACAUCAGUCAGCAGCAAGUUAUGUCACAUGCAGUAUGCUUUUGCCUACACACUCAUAAAUGGUAAGUUUUCUUGGGCAUUUUAAAUUUAUUUUUUAUCAUUUCUGGUGUAAUGGUGUCCUGUAUCUUGUUGGACAACAAACACUGUUAAAAAUAUUGCUGCUUCCUCUCCUGCCCUUUCGCUGGGGGGGAACCGACAGGGAGAGAACCACCAGUGGGUAAUCCCCUUUUUUUUGGUUUGUCACAUCCUUUUUGCUGCAGUGGGGACUUCACUAGAGCCUUUCUUUAGUAUUUGCUCUGGCUGAGCCCAGUAAUGACUGUUUUCAGCUGGAGGCUUGGUUUGGAAUUGUGGUUCUACAGGAAAAGGAGCAUAAAAUCCAGGACAAACUGAUCUCACCCAGUGAUGAGGAACUGUAGAACCAGCUUUAACUGCUUGCCUUUCACCUCCAGCAGGAAGGUUCCUUUAGAACAGCAAGAAUUUCUGAUCCAAUGGAUAAAGGUCUUCACUUCACAAUCUGUGUGGUUACAACCAUGCUGCUCCUGAGGGAAUCAAGCCAGGCAGGAGCUGGGAGGAAUGACGAUGCUGUGAGUAAGGGCACAGAGUCCCGGGGAGCAGGUGAGGGUCUUCCAACCCUGACUGUCACAACGAUCCUGGAGGAUCCGUAUGUGAUGGUGCGGGGUGCGGAGCUGGAGGGAUACUGCAUGGACCUGCUGAGAGCCCUGGCAGGGAUGUUGCGCUUCCAGUACCGUGUCAAGGUGGUGGGGGAUGGCCAGUAUGGAGCCGUGGCUGCCAGCGGCAACUGGACCGGCAUGAUCGGGGAGAUCCUCAGAAGGGAAGCUGACAUUGCAGUGGCUCCACUGACUGUCACCUCAGCCAGGGAAGAGGUGGUGUCCUUCACCACGCCCUUCCUGCAGACUGGGAUUGGGAUCUUGCUCCGCAAGGACACAGCCUCCCAGGACAUGUCUUUCUUCCACUUCCUGUCUCCUUUCAGCAAGGAGACCUGGACAGCCCUUUUAUUUGCUUACCUGCUCACGUGCUUCUGCCUCUUUCUUGUCGCCAGACUGAGCCCCUGUGAAUGGAAUGAGCCAAAGAAUGAAGAGAACCACUUCACCUUUCUGAACAGCCUCUGGUUUGGAGCAGGAGCACUGGCCCUGCAAGGUGCCAGCCCCCGGCCCCAGGCACUCUCAGUGAGGGUCAUUGCCGUGGUCUGGUGGCUCUUCACCCUGGCCCUGCUGGCUGCCUACAUCGCCAACUUCACGGCCCUGCUGAGCUCUGGCAGUGAGCAGCUCCCCAUCCAGACCUUUGAGGACCUGGUCAAGCAAAGGAAUCUGGAGUUUGGGACGCUGGAGGGCUCCUCGACUUUCUACUACUUCAAGAACUCCAAGAACCCCAUCCACCAGAUGAUCUAUGAGUACAUGGAGAAGAGGCGGGAGCACGUCCUGGUCAAGACCUACCAGGAGGCUGUGCAGCGUGUGAUGGAUUCCAACUAUGCCUUCAUUGGCGAGUCCAUCUCGCAGGACCUGGCGGCCGCCCGGCACUGUAACCUCAUCAGAGCCCCUGAGGUCAUUGGGGCCCGUGGCUUCGGCAUUGCCACCACCCAGGCAUCCCCCUGGACCAAGCCUCUGUCCAUUGCCGUGCUCAAGCUGCGUGAAUCAGGUGACCUGGACUACCUGCGGAACAAGUGGUGGGAGAGCAGCUGCCUGCGCCAGAGCCGGGACCGCUGGGGGCCCCUGGAGCCACCGGCACUGGGGGGGCUCUUCCUCACCCUGGGCAUUGGCCUCGCUGUCGGUAUCCUUGCUGCCCUAGCUGAGCUCUCCAGCAGCAGCCGCCGCACAGCCGCACACACCAAGAAAUCUUGUUGCUCUGUUUUCACAGAAGAAAUCUGCACUCGUCUACGCAUAAAAGGAACCUCCAGACAAAGCCAGGAGACAUCAGGGAAGGCAAAUGCUUAAGGAUGUUUUGCUGCAGCAAUGGGCCUGUGUUAGGGUUGUACCACAUCCUAGGAGCUGUAUCUCAGUGUAGGAAGGUGUUUUUCUGCUAGUCUAGAGUGUUAGUUUGCUAAUUACAUACACACAGAGCACUUCUGGAGUGGUGGUGGAGCUGCAGACACAAGGAAAUUAAGUGGCUUGGAAGAAUUUAGAUUGAUGAGAGGUAAAGUGGAACUGUGACAAAUUGAUAAACUGGGGCUGAGCUGGCCAGGAUGGCAGAUCCAUGUUUACGUUUGAAGUUCACCCUGUAAGUCCAUGAGAGCCUGUAGGAGGAAGUGACUGGGGACAGGUUAAUAUAAAGCCUCUGCUACUAAUUCCUGUGUGAGGAACAGUCAUGAUGCAUGAGCAUCCAUCUGUUGUAAUCAGGAACAGCAACUUAAGCACUGCACUAUAAAUAGCCUCACCCUGCCCUGCCUGAGCAGGAGGUGCUGGUCCCUGGGAAGGUAAUUCCUGAAUCAGAACUUACUGUGCUGCCGUGUAACCCCAAACAGGCCUUCCCUGCACCCCAAACCCCAGAAAGGGAGCCCCUGGCACCAAGGAACCACUGGAGCUAAGAAAUGACAGGCAGGGCUUGUCCUUUGUCCUUUUCCAUCACAGGUUAAGGGCCACUGUUGGGUGACACUAUGUUUUGUUCUCAUUGUCCAAGAAUUGAGGAGUGACAGUGGAAAUCCAUGAGUACCAGAGCAGGGAAGGUGUGGGGAUGAGUCAAACACAGCACAGCCCCAGAGCCCCUGCAAGGAGAUAUGUAGGGUGUUUUGCAUCACUCUCCUGCUCUCAAAGAAUUCUGAGGUUCAGGGGAACAGGUUUCUCAGCUGCAUGUUAAACACUUUCCUCAUUAAACUGUUUUUCAGCACUGGGAUGCCUGAGGCAUGUAAGUGUUAGGGCAAAUUGGUGGUGAAAUCACUCAAUUUAUGAACUGCACAGCUGAAGGAGGGAAAAAGCAAAUUGGGUUCCUUGGGAAUGGCUCUAAUUGCACUGCAGGAACAGACACUGAUCCUUGUCAGUCCCAGCAGGAGAACUGAAGGCAGUAGAAAGCAAGGGGGCUGGGUGAUCCUGACUCCAUCACUGCAUAUUCUCUGUGAGGGGAACUUAGUGAGACUCAGCUUCCAGCUGCUGUGAAGGAAUUCAGUGUAGCUGCAGGACUCCCUCCCCUGUCCCUCCUGCUAAUAGGAAUAAACAAGUGUUGGGAAACUAGGGCUGAUCCUUAACUCAGAUCAACAGCCCUUACUCAGUCACAGCCUGAGCAACGUUUGUGGGGUGA